AAGUGAUCAUCGCUGGCGAUGAGAACGUUCCCGAGUGAUGCUGCUAUUUAGAUAUCAUGGCGAAGUAAAAGGCAAAAACUUUUUACUUACGUUGGUGUAAAAAAGUACACAAACAAGAUGGUGAACAGAAGAACUAAUUAUAAUACUCAAACUGGUACUGACAUAUUAGAUGGUACCUGGUGCCAAUGCCAGUUUUGGGUCAAAUACUGCCUUUUUAUGAUAAAUAUACUGGUGUGGAUCAUCAGUAUUAUAUUCAUUAGUGUAGGAGUGUGGGCAAGAGUUGAGAAAAACCAACUCGGUGAUUUAUCCACUAUUCAUACAGAUCCCGCUGUGUUGUUAAUUAUUGCUGGUUCCUGCAUGUUUGUCAUUGCAUUUCUGGGUUUUAUCGGAGCUAUUCGAGAAAAUUGCUGCCUUCUGACAACGUUUCUCUUUUUAGUGAUUCUCAUCUUUCUAUUUCAAAUCAUAAUUGGUGUUAUGGCAUUGGUAUUCCGUGACGACGUCCAUAACGAGGUCGUUGGACUUGUGUAUGAUGCUAUUGUGAGCUACAGAGAUGAUCUGGAUUUACAAAAUGCUAUUGAUUUUGUGCAGACAAAGCUAAAGUGCUGUGGUGGAAUCAGUUACGUUGACUGGGAGCACAAUAUCUAUUUUAACUGCAGCUCUCCAGGUCCAUCAUCUUGUGGGGUACCAUGGUCUUGUUGUAGAUCUGUUGACAUGAAUAGUCAGUGUGGAUACGAUAUCAAAAAUAAACCAUAUAUUGAAUUAUUGAGUACUAUUUAUAUUGGUGGAUGUAUAGACUCAUUAAUUAAUUGGAUAGAAGAACACAUGAGCACUAUUGGUUCACUGGCAUUCUGUAUGGGUUUAUUUGAGUUAUUUGCAAUAUUCUUGUCACACACAAUGAUACAACAAAUCAAAGCAGUAACUGCGGAGAUCGAUGCUGAAAUUGCCAUGAUGAGAGCUGCCCCAGACAGAAGAAUGUUGUACUGAGAGCUGACAAGAAAGUGAUAACAAUACAAGAAGUUGAAAUGGUACAUGAAGUUACUUCCUGUCAAUUCAUCAUCUACCAAAUUGUUUUUUUUUUCAAAGACUAUAGCAGGAACCUCCUCUAUAU